AGAGCUGGUUUAACAAGGAGCAUGAAGGCUUUAUCUUCAACCGAAUCUCCGGGACACAGAUCCAGGAGGAAGGUUUCCAAACCCUUGAUGGAGAAACGCAGACGGGAGCGCAUCAACGGCAGCCUGGAAACCCUGCGGCUUCUCAUGCUGGAAAACACGCAAAAUGAGAAACUAAAAAAUCCCAAAGUGGAAAAGGCUGAGAUCCUGGAGAGUGUUGUUGAAUUCCUGAAAAGGGAGAAGGAGCUGGAGAAGGAUCGCCAGACCCCGAGGAGGAUGUUCCCAGAGGAUCUGAGACCCACCUCUACUCCCCAUCACAGCUACCAUGACGGCAUGAAAUCCUGUCUGCUGCGGGUCAGCCAGUUUAUAGCAUCAAAGAGUCGGGAGUUGGAGGCCAACAGCGGGCUCCAGGCCUCUCUGAAGCUUUCAGAGUCUCAGGAGCUGGUUUCCUCCCUGGCACCUACACACGGGUCUCCAGUAGUCGCUCCCGCUGAUGUUCCUGUUCUGUCUCCUCACCUCCUCCUCCAGCAAGAAAGCAGGCAGACGCUCACCUUCUCCUCAUCCAUGACGGCCCCUGUACAUGUUUCUGAUCCUGUAUGGCGACCCUGGCCUAAAUGA